AUGGUCAAGAUCACAUGGACAACAGUCUUUCAAGCAGUGAUAGUGUUACUGAAUCACUCAGAUGUGAUUGCUGUUCCAAUGACGCCUUGGAAUGCGGAGGCGAGUGCACCAAUGGUGCCGGAGGUGUAUCAUAAUGGCCUCACGAAUCGGAAGACCAUGAACUUUAAACAAGUCGAUCGAGAGUUCACAUCCACUUACACCAGCCCUCCACCUACCCAGGUUAUCAAUAGAAGAAUACCAAAUGAAGCCCAAUUGCACUCAAUCAAACAUGCCUUGACAAACAAGCAGACGGGACAGCGCUAUCGAGUAGAUACUUAUGGCAAUUUGACUGAAGAUCCAAAAGACGCCUGUGAUCCAACUCAUUUCUGUGGGAAGAUGAAGUUUUAUGAUGAGGAAGGAGCUCUAUUACACGAAAGUGGCUGUUGUCAUCUUAACAAGUCGGUCGCAGGAGUCAGGAAUUUAAACUCUGCUGAGACAUUGAUUUGUUGUAGCCUUUCCCCUGGGUGUUUGUGUGCCGCUCAGCUUUGUAAAACUGCCUGCAAAUGUCCAUGUUGA